GGCCCCUCGUUUAAACAAUGUCCUCUGGCCAGAGCAACCCAGAUAGCCUCUGAUCGCAGCACAGUCUUGGACUUAUUUCAAGGGAAAUCAACCCGGAAACCCCUCCACAAGGCCGUGAUCCUGAGCGUAUGACCCUGGAAAAGCUAGGGAUGAGCACCUCCCUGAACUACAAGUCCUUCUCCAAAGAGCAGCAAACCAUGGAUAACCUGGAGAAACAGCUGAUUUGCCCCAUCUGCCUGGAGAUGUUCACCAAGCCUGUGGUCAUCCUACCCUGUCAGCACAACCUCUGUCGGAAAUGUGCCAGCGACAUUUUCCAGGCCUCCAACCCCUACCUGCCGACCAGGGGAGGCACAACUGUGGCAUCGGGAGGCCGCUUUCGCUGUCCCUCCUGCAGGCACGAAGUGGUCCUCGACCGGCAUGGCGUCUACGGGCUGCAGAGGAACCUGCUGGUGGAGAACAUCAUCGACAUCUACAAGCAGGAGUCCACAAGACCUGAAAGGAAGUGUGACCAGCCAAUGUGCGAAGAGCACGAGGAUGAGAGAAUUAAUAUCUACUGUUUGAACUGUGAAAUGCCCACCUGCUCCUUGUGCAAAGUCUUUGGUGCCCACAAAGACUGUCAAGUUGCUCCUCUCACAAAUGUUUACCAGCAACAGAAGUCCGAGCUGAGUGAUGGCAUUGCUGUCCUGGUGGGGAGCAAUGACAGAGUGCAAGGGAUAGUCACGCAGCUGGAGGAGACCUGCAAGACGGUUGAGGAAUGCUGCAGACGACAGAAAGAGCAGCUGUGUGAAAAAUUUGAUUAUCUCUAUUCUGUACUGGAAGAAAGAAAAAAUGAGAUGACACAAAUAAUCACUAGAACCCAAGAGGAGAAACUGGAACAUGUCCGCUCCCUGAUGAAGAAGUAUGCGGAUCAUUUGGAAGCUGUGUCAAAGCUGGUUGAAUCAGGAAUCCAGUUCAUGGAAGAACCAGAAAUGGCAGUGUUUUUGCAGAAUGCCAAAACAUUGCUACAAAAAAUUACUGAAGCAUCUAAAGGAUUUCAAAUGGAAAAAAUAGAGGAUGGGUAUGAAAAUAUGAACCAGUUCACUGUGAACCUCAGUAGGGAAGAAAAGAUAAUACGAGAAAUUGAUUUUGAUAGAGAGGAGGAGGGAGAGGAGGAGGAGGAGGAGACAGUGGAUGGUGAAGAUUUGGAUGAAGUCCACACAGAGUCAUCAGGAGAGGAGGAGGAGGAAGAGGUGGAGGAAGGGGCUGAAAGAGCACCACAGCCACCUCAGCAGGACCCUGAACCGCAGAGCGCAGCAGGAAAGCCUCCAUCUGAACCCGCUCUGGUGCCACUGCCCGCCACCCCGGCUGGUCAGGAUGAGAUUGUGACACCAAGUGGUUCUCAACAGAGCCCAGAGUCUGACACUCAAGUGCCGGCCACAGCAGAAACCGUCGAUCCCUUGUUUUACCCUAGCUGGUAUAAGGCUCAGUCGCGGCAAUCAAGCAGUCCAAGCUCAAACCCAGUGACUGGGCUUGGGAAAGUAGGGCCUCCAGUUUCUCUGGAAACAAGUGCAAAGAAGGCAGAAGCCCUAGCAGCAGCAGCGAUCGAGGAGAACGCACCAGGGAGUGGUAAGGAAAGUAAUGCCACUGCAGCAACGUCCAAGCCCUGCAAACAGCUGCAGCAAUGCAAAUGGACAGUGAACCAUGGAGGUAAAGUGGGAAGAGGUGGAUGGGGAGCCAAGGGGCAGGACCUCCUUUGGUUCGCAUUGUUCCUCCAGAAAACAUUUACUGGUUCUGAACCAUCUCCUCAAGGACAAGUGGAGGAAGCUCCUGUGAGCAAUGAGAGGGGUGACGAGCCGGCUCGUCAUGUCUUCUCCUUCUCCUGGUUGAACUCACUGAAUGAAUGAUGACUCACUCCGGCUGGCUUCUGGUGUGCUUCUCCUCAGAGGGACCGUGAGCGCAGGCGACCUGGCUGCAGUCAACAAAGAAACUGGCCUGGAAAGAGACAUCCGAGCAGGUUUCAUCCCCAGGAACUCAGUUGACCUCCACAUCGUACCCAGCCCUUGAGAUGACAGAGUCCUAAGAGGGAUGGGAGCAUGGGGACAAAUUGUUAUACUGUAUUGUAGUCAAAAUGUUUCCAAUAAUUUCUUGUUUCCAAGGGGAAAAUAGCAUCACUACAGCUGUAGGCUGAGCACCGCUAAUGCUUUGUUAUUCACUUUUGGCAUGUCCCCGUGUAGGUGUAAAUGCUUCACCAAUGCUGUUAAGAUACUCACUAGUAGCAUCCUUUGCCAACACAGCGUUUCUCCUCAGUACCCUCCUGCGUCAGCGCUGGUGACUUCAGUGACACCAUCGCACCCUUGGCACUCCCAAGUCAGGGUCGUGCCUAAGCACCUGCACUAUGAGUGGUCACUCGUGGUCACUUACAGUCCCCACAGUACCGGAGCCUCCCCAGCUGCAGAGGCUGAACACACGAGGGGAGAGGAAAGCUGCCGUUUCUUCCUUUGCCCUUGCUCUUCCCACAACAGACAACGCUCACAUAAACAGGCUAUUUGUAGGGCAGGUGCCCAGCAGCAGGGGUGAGGAAGACGCACAUGCUGAAAGCACUGGCCACCCCACACAAACGAUGCAAGGCACAGCUCUGAGCAUGUGGGGCAGAGGCUAGAGUGCUGCCUGCAUCUGUCCAGCCAUAAUCCAUGUCUGCAUCUUCUCAGCCAUCUGUGUGUACAGGAAAAGGGGCAUGUUCUUGCACGAAACCGGGAUGCAGUGAGGUGGUCACAGAUAGUAAGUCAAGGUUUAAUUUGAAGGCCCUGUGGUGCGCAGUAAGAAAAGGCAAAAGCUGAAUGUCCUGUUCCGUGUGUAUGGCAGAUGUGGAGCUGUCUAAUGAAAUCAAAUUUGUGUCUUGAAAGAAGCUCUACAAGAUGUACUGAUGGUGAAACCCUGCAAGUUUUGUCACUGGGGACAGGGCAUCAGAACUCAGUAGUGUUUAAGAGAGAUUGGCAGGUUGCCGGGGGUGCUCGGUGCCGUGGGGGACCAGGUGUGAAGCUCUGCACUAGGGUUAAGUGUGGAUCUUUCCAGGAGACCCAAGUCAGGCCCUAAACACACCUAUUUUGGCAGGGGACUAUGGCAGGCCAUAGGGCUGCGCUGCACCCCAGCAGGGCCGGUGAGCUGGCAGCGCAGACCCAACACAGUGCCUGGUUAGCAGGCUGUGAGGGGUCGGCCCCAGUCCUGGCCAUUCCUCGCUACAGGGCUGAUUCACAUCAACCCUCAUUUCUAUCUGUUUCCCCUGGGAAAUGCUCCUGCAAGAGAAGUUUUGGAGGGCUGCAUAGGUGAGGUAUGCACAAAGCCUUGAGACUCAGCCCAGAGCAAGCACCGCUCGCACCACUGCAUCAACUCUGGCUGCUGGAGCAUCUUUUCCUUGAGAUGUGGUCUGGGGUGAGGGAUUUCCUAUUUUCUCCUGGUCAUCCUGGAGGAUUUCCCCCAGUUCCUCCCGCGAAGUUUCUCCACAUGCACCGCCAGCGUCCCUGGGAGGGACCUGGCUUGGGCACUGCCACCGGGACGGGGGGAGCCAAGGCGGGGAGGCAUCUGCCCUUUUUGGGGUGCGGGAAGGAUGAGCAGAGAUAGAAAGAAAACAAAAAAGAGAUGUGGAAGCGCCUCCCCAGUGCCCCAUCGCUGCGCCCUGGCAGGAUGCAGCCGCCCGGCCGCAGCGGCAGGAGCCGGGGCCCCCCCAGGGGUGCUGCUGAGGUGGGAAUCGGCGGUGCUGGGGGCCACCGACCGGCUUCCAGCCCCCCUCCGGACCCGGGAGCAGCCGGUGCCGGGGGCGGCGGCGUGGGGCAGCGCCCGCCUGGAGCCCGGGGCCGGCGGCACGUCGGGGCGCGCCUCUGGGAGAGCCCGCAGGGACGGGGGCUCCCCGGGGCCAGGAAAAACGUCCCCGAGGGUGCCGUAGGGCUCCCCGCGGCUCUGAGUGUCCGCGGCCGUGGGUGCCCCCCAUCCCCGCCCCGGUAAGCGCUGAGGGAGGCGGAGCAGCCCUCAGGCGUCUAGGCAAGAAAGUCUAUCAAGCCAUGGUAACUUUGCAGCUUUUAUUAAAAAUAUAAAUAUUAAACAUUCUCUUACACAACAAAAUCGACCGAGCGCUGAAAAGAUGUUUUAUUGUGAAAAUGUUUACAAGGAAAAAAGUGGAUUUAAAGUAGCUCACAGAGAUUCCCCCUCCCACCUCCCUGCCCCCAGCAGAA